AUGCUUCAUUUAUGUACAAAGGAUCCACCUUUAUCUCUUGAAUGGAUUAGACCUAUUCUACCAAUAUUUAGUUACCUAUUUACUAUUCGAAAUCAAAGCAUAAUCUCCAAUACCUGCUGGAUGCUCGCUCACCUUACUGAGGAAUGCGAUGAUAACAUAGAUGCAUUAUUGGAAACUGGCAUUCUACCGCAAGUUUUACGGUGUCUGAUGUUACAGGCAAGAAAUAUACUUGUUCCAGCAUUGCGCACAGUUGCACAUAUAGUAGAAUCAGGUGAUAUUUAUAAAACAAGUGUUGUAAUUUCCGCUGGAGGUUUGUCGUAUCUUUGUACCUUGUUGCAAAAUUGUCUCGUCAACGACAAUAUUGUAGCGGAAAUUGUUUCGGUAAUCUAUAAAAUGAUUAAUACCGAAGAACAAAUCCAAUGUGUGAUAGAUGCUGGUUUAUUACCACCACUGAUAAAAAUACUUAAACUUGGAACAGAAGAUGCACAACAUAUAGUUGCAUGGAUGAUAACGGACAUAAUAGGGAUAGGAUCAAUUGAACAUUUGGACGAAUUAGUAAAUGCCGGCUUGUUAUCAGCUUUUUGUAAUUUGUUGGAAGUAAAGAAUUAUAAUAAUGUUGUUAAUACCUUCGAUUGUCUAACUGAAAUCUUGUGUGCUGCAGAAAAAGCAAAACAAACAGAAAAAUUUAUUACUAUGUUUAAAAAAACUGGAAUAAUAGAUGAAAUAGAAACUAUUCAAUAUCAUCACGAUGAUCAAAUUUAUAAAGCAUAUUCAACUACAUGUGUUCUUUUAAAAGAGAUAAAAAACUUGAUUAAAGAGGAAUCUGAUAGGCAGAAAGAAUUUCAUAUGACAAAUGAAUUGACAAAUUCAUUUUCUGAAUAG